AUGGCCGCGGAAUACCAAUGGCCACCUCCGCCACCCGAUUAGACUCGACUCCUGGAAACUUGUUGGAUCGAAUCCGGACAAGAUCUGGCCAAGGACUGGAGUUCUGGUGCGGACUGGAUAUCGCCGCCGGGGCACUCCAUCGAGGCAGGAUGCUCAAGAGCUUUUUCCGGGGCACGUUUCGGCCGCCGAUGUAGUUUGUCUCAUAAUUGCCUAUUUAGAUAA